AUGUAUUACCAAACCUUAACGACGAAGAUGUUUUCUCUCGCGACGACGCGAAGGAUGAUGCUCGCGCGGAGGAACUACUGUUACGCUUCUUCUUUUCACGCGAGUGCUGCUGGGAAGAGGAAAACGUCGUCCUCGUCGUCGUCUUUCUCGGCGUUAAACAACGACAACGACGAGAACAACGUCGUCGUUCUCGUCGAGGAUGAUGAUUACGACGACGACGCGAGACGCGAGAGUAGCAGCAGCAGCAGUAGCAGUAAUAAUACGAAUAAUAAUGGUCACAUAGUGCUCGUCGACGGCAUGUCCUUCUUAUUCCGCGCGUUUUACGGCUUCCAAGCGCGCUCGGACGCGACCAAACUCAUAAACAGCAAAGGCGAAGAUGUGGGCGUUUUGCACGCGUACGCGCACGCCAUGUGCGCUCUGUUGGAAUCGAAACCGUCGCAUUUCGCGGUGUGUUUUGAUAGCAAAGGGAAGACGUUUCGACACGAAAUGUUUGUGGAUUAUAAAGCGAAUCGGCCGCCAACUCCCGAGGCGUUGAUUGCCUUGAUUCCGAAGGUGAGCGAGUUAGUCGAGGCGAUGGCCAUCGAGACGGUGAAAGUGAGCGGCGUGGAAGCGGACGAUAUCAUCGGGACGUUAGCGACGCGGUCGGUGACGGAGAAAGGGUUUAAGGUGUCCAUUGCGAGUCCGGAUAAGGAUUUUUGUCAGUUGUUGAACGAAAACGUUCGGAUGUUGCGGCCGGGCGGCGGAGGGCAGUUUAGCGCGUUCACUUUGAGAGAGUUCGCAAAGACCCACGAAGAGUUGAUUCAGCCGGAACAAUUCGUAGAUUUCUUAGCGUUAGUUGGAGAUUCAAGCGAUAACGUCCCUGGAGUCGAAGGCGUUGGACCGAAAACGGCGAGAAAAUUGUUGAAUAAAUACGCCAACGUGGACGCGAUAUUAGAAGCGGCGAAGAACGGCGAGGACGAGUUUGAAAAGCUGGGCACGAAGAAAGUGAGAGAGGCGUUGAAAUCGGAGAAAGGACAAAAAAGCGCGCAGUUAUCGCGAAAGUUGGUGGAAAUUCGUACGAAACUGGCCGCACCAGACGUGAAUGGUGAUUUAGACGCGUUUCGCGUGACGACGCCGGACGAUUACGGGCGCAAAGCUAUGGACUGCUUCGAAAGGUACGAGUUACCGAGCGCCGCGGAUAGAUGGAAAGCCAUACACAACAUCAUACUUUAG